CCUGCAACAUGUUUUCUGACUCCAGAUCCCCCCCCCCAGAGUUCAGGUAAGGGGCUGCAGUAUUGGCCGACGCCACGUGGUUAUAUUUGACUGUAAAUAUGGAGAGAAGGAGAGCUGGGACACUUUCUCCUCCUCUCUCAUGCCAGUAGUGUCUCCUCGAGGCUGAGAGGAAACAUCUCGUGGAUCCGGCAGGAGAGAAGCCCCUCCCCACAUAUCAUCGCACCAGGCGAUGGUCCUUUUAACUUCAUUGUUGGAGAAGAAGCGACGCCCCGCUUCGCCACGGCAAAGGAUCAAACACCCCCUCUGAUCAGCACGACCCCCAGUUUUGUUCUCAUGGAAAUCAGACCCUGCCUCCCGGCCACACUUUCUGCAGAGAUGCAAAGUUGAAGCGCAUUCCCAGCCGGGACAACAUUUGAUUAUGAUGUCUUGGAGGAGCUGAUCGUUGUAUCCAUUUUUUUUUGUCCUUGUGUGUUUCUGUUCUGCUCGCCGCUCGCGCACUGUUCCUUCUCCAACAUGCUGGAUUUGGCGCAGCGCAUUGUUUUGUGCGCGCUGCUGCUCGGCUCCGUUUACGCGUCGUGCCCUCCGCGCUGCGAGUGUUCGGAGGCGGCUCACACCGUGAAGUGCGUCUCCAGAGACCUACGGAGUGUCCCGACAGGGAUCCCAGGAUACACCAGGAAUCUGUUCAUCACUGGGAAUCAAAUCAGUCGAAUCGGCCCGGAGUGUUUCAAAGGGCUGGAUAAUGUGACGAAUCUGUCUCUGAGCAACAACAGAAUUUCCGAGUUGGAUUCCCAGACCUUUGCCGGACUCCGCAGCCUUCGCUCGCUGGAUCUGAGCAACAACCAGCUUGCGGUCAUUCACCCCGAGGCGUUCACGGUGCAGAACCAGUCCCUGCAGGAGCUCAACCUGAGCCGGGCCCUCUACAACCACUCGUCAGUGAUGGACUUGGCCACCUCUCUCCGCUGGAGCUCCCUGGGGACCCUGAAGAGACUGGAUCUGUCUCACAACGGCCUCAUCUAUUUACCGUCGCACAUCUUCUCCCACCUGACCGGCUUGCAGCGGCUCCAGCUUUCUAACAACUCCCUGGUGGCCAUCCACAACAACUCCUUCUCGGGUUUGGAGCAUCUGGAGGAGCUCGACCUGACGCUCAAUGCCCUAAAGGCGGUGCCCGAGGAGGGUCUGCGAGAGCUGGACUCCCUGCCCAGAGCGGACCUCCUGCUGGGGGAGAACCCGUUCACAUGCACGUGUGGAAUCGAACCUUUCGCUCUGUGGCUCAACAGAUCACAAGGACGCAUUGGUGAUGCCGAUGGCCUCGUGUGUGCCUUCCCGACCGGCAUGAGGAACACGUCCAUGCUCUCUGUGGGCACGUUGACUCUGGGGUGCCACCAGAGCGGUGCAGGGGCAGACCUCGCUCUGCAGACCUCUUACGUCUUCUUGGGUAUAGUCCUCGGCUUCGUCGGCCUCAUCUUCCUUUUUGUACUUUAUCUCAACCGCAAGGGCAUCAAGAAGCGCAUCUACGACUUGCGGGACGCCUGCAGGGAGGUGUGGGAGGGCUACCACUACCGCUUUGAGAUCGACUCUGACCCCAGGUUAUCGCAGGUCUGCACGAGUGCUGACAUGUGAGAGGACCGUCACCUCUUUGCUGGGUUUUCUUACAGACUCUUUUAUAAUUGCAUUUAUCCGUAGCAAAAUGUAAAAAGUGUACAGAUUUACCUGUAAAUAUAUACCUGUAAAUAUAUACAUACAAUCGUGUUAAUUAUCUUUCAGCCUUUGUUGGUUAAAGCAUGCACUGCCGAUCUUUCCUUUUUGUACAACUAAUGCGCUCUUUGAAGACAGAAAGGGCUUCAUGCAGCUACCCAGGUGUGUUACCCAGGUGUGUUACCCAGGUGUGUUACCCAGGUGUGUUACCCAGGUGUGGUUACCUACGUGUGUUAUCCAGGUGUGUUACCUACGUGUGUUACCCAGGUGUGUUACCUACGUGUGUUACCCAGGUGUGUUACCUACGUGUGCUACCUACGUGUGUUAUCCAGGUGUGUUACCUACGUGUGUUACCCAGGUGUGUUACCCAGGUCUGUUACCUACGUGUGUUACCCAGGUCUGUUACCUACGUGUGUUAUCCAGGUGUGUUACCUACGUGUGUUACCCAGGUGUGUUACCCAGGUCUGUUACCUACGUGUGUUAUCCAGGUGUGUUACCUACGUGUGUUACCCAGGUCUGUUACCUACGUGUGCUACCUACGUGUGUUACCCAGGUGUGUUACCCAGCUCUGUUACCUACGUGUGUUAUCCAGGUGUGUUACCUACGUGUGUUACCCAAGUGUGUUACCCAGGUGCGUUACCUACGUGUGUUACCCAGGUGCGUUACCUACGUGUGUUACCCAGGUGUGUUACCUACGUGUGUUACCCAGGUGUGUUACCUACGUGUGUUACCCAAGUGUGUUAUCCAGGUGUGUUACCCAAGUGUGUUACCUACGUGUGUUACCCAGGUGCGUUAACCAGGUGUGUUACCCAGGUGCGUUAACCAGGUGUGGAUGAUGAAUCCCACUUGAUCAUAAAUUGGAGCCGUGUGGCCGAUUGUUUAUUAUUAGCAUGAGUAACGCCCCCAAUACUGAGACACAGUUCAUUAUUAGUGAACAUGAGGAAUGUUAAAUAAAUCUAAACUAAAUAAAGACGUGAUUUUCCAGAGUGUCAGGAACCUUUCAGAAGCUAAACGCACACAAUGUCCUCCUCAAAGGGUUUUUAUCAUCUUACAUUUGGAUCAGUGGACUAAUAUCAUUUCUUUAAUCCAAUCCAAUAAUUAAUCUAAAACAUAUAAAUAAUCUAAAUGUGAUUAUAUGAUAUUUUUGCAUUUCUUUGUGCAUCUGAAAUGUUGUGAGAUGUCUCUGACCUAAGAGAAGAUCAAACAUUAGAGAAUCCCAGAAACACCGCCGGCUCCUUAUGUCCACACUAAAGCAACAGCAAGUGCCUAAAGUCAGCUCGGUGUUGUCUCCUAAUCUGCACGUGUUUAUGUCCCUCCGUCAGAUCUCAGCUUGUGUUGUCUCCUAAUCUGCACGUGUUUAUGUCCCUCCGUCAGAUCUCAGUUUGUGUUGUCUCCUAAUCUGCACGUGUUUAUGUCCCUCCGUCAGAUCUCAGCUUGUGUUGUCUCCUAAUCUGCACGUGUUUAUGUCCCUCCGUCAGAUCUCAGCUUGUGUUGCGACAAAAUGCUGCAAUAAAAUCCUGACACUUCAAAAACAAACCUCUGAAGCACAAUCACUCAUUCAUCUCUGAACCAUUUCAAGCCCUUUGGUCCUUCAGCCCCCAGGGUGCCACAGAGGAAUUAAGCCUCCAAAGCUUUCCUAAAAAUCACCUCUCUGCUCCUCUUUGGCUGUUGGGUUUAAAAGGGAGGAGGGGGGGCAAUUCAGUACAGACCAGCGGAAAUGUCCUAGCCCCCACGUGUUUUCUCUCUCUCUGAACCGUUGCUUUGUUUCAACUCCUUGAGUUUUAUUGUCAGAAUGAUGAGAACCAGUCCUGGGCUGAGGUCGCUGAAAGCAACCUCCCCUCCCUCCUCAAAGACAACAGCCGCUCUUUGAAAGAGAAGUCUGGCUCUCCACGUUUUUCUGUUUAGGGGAUUUAUUUUUCCUCCCAAUGAUAAGAUACAGAUGAUUCUGAAACACCAGCGACAUUGUUUCAU